UUAUGUCCAAACGAAUCAAUUCCUUCUUUCAACCCAUCCCGUCGAAGAAGCCCAAAUCCGACCCCGAAGCUACAACAGCAUCCUCGCCGUCUGCACCAGUUGCUACCACCCACCACCCGACCUACCCCAUGCCCAUCCGUGACCUCCCCUCGCAUCUCUUCAAGCCAAUCGCCAAUCUGGAGCGAGUCAUUCCUCCGAAAGCCAUUAACAACCAGCCACACCUGGACCUGCUGUACUUCCAACCGUUCCUCCCGUCCCCGAUCGCCCGCGAUCUGUUCAACUUCCUCCGGAACGAGCUCCCCUUCUAUCGCGUGCAGUACACUAUCCGUCGCGGUCCAACAGAGACGCUCAUCAACACACCGCGCUACACGACCGUCUUCGGCGUAGACGAAACCAGCAUCUUCAUCCCGGGCUCACAGCAGGACACCCCGACUACCAACUCGAAAGACCCAAAUACUCCACCGAUAGACUCUUCACCACCGAAACCCCCAAUCACACUGAAUCCCUCCCUCACCCUCGUAGAAUCCCGCACCCGCGCCCCACCGACCACCCUCAAGGACAAGACCAAAUACAACCACCCGCCGCGCCCCAUCCCGCCGUGUCUCGACGUCCUCCGCCAGGCCGUCGAGGCCGCCACCGCCGACGGCACCCACUACAACUUCUGUCUGGUGAACUACUACGCCACGGGCGACGACAGCAUCUCGUACCACUCGGACGACGAGCGGUUCUUGGGGCCGAACCCCACGAUCGCGUCGAUCUCGCUGGGCGGCCAGCGCGACUUCCUGCUGAAACAUAAGCCCGUGGCUGGGAGUGACGUUGAUGCGGGGAAACCGCUCAAGUUCCCGCUCGAUUCCGGGGAUAUGAUCAUCAUGAGGGGCGAGACGCAGGCGAAUUGGCUGCAUAGUAUCCCGAAGCGGAAGGGGGCGCAAGGCAGUCAGGGGAGGAUCAAUAUCACGUUUCGGAAGGCGGUGGUGCCGGGAGGUACGAAUAACUAUUAUCGGUAUAAUGUGGGUGAUGGGGCGGUGUAUCGGUGGGAUGAGUCGGGGAAACGGAUGGUUGCAGUCAAGAAGGAGAAGGAGAGUGAACCGGAGGGAGAGAAAGAGUUGCAGAAGGUGGACGGGGUGAAGGCUUAGGGGUAGAUUUAGGAGAUGGAGGCGUUUUUAUUUUGACAUGAUGUCAGGAACGCGCGAAUGGGUUCUUAUAGUUGCGGAACCGAUCUAACGGUUCGGCACCUUCGAGGAUGUGCUGCAGGAGGGUUCCGUAUUCCCAUCCGAUGGCAGCGCCAGCAAG